CAGAGAAUGCUGUACUCUUACCAUAGUGUGCAUCCUUUUAGUAUGAAAGCUAGUGAAAUACUUCAUACAGCAAAUUCAUAUCUGUCACUUUCACCACAUUUGUCAAACAGCAAAAAAGAGCCAACUUUUUGGCCAAUUUAGUAAAGACAUUGUAAAAACUACCAAAAGAUGUUUCAAAUCUUUAAAAGUUUAAAGUGACUGUUACUUGCACUCAAAUACGCCUACACACUCUGUACAGAUAACAGCAGUCAAAGGUUUAAAAUAUUUUCAUGACCUAAUAAAAAUAUGGGGCAUUUAACCAACAGAAUAGAACUGAAUGAAUUAAUCAGUGAUUGCUUCAGCAUCAGUGUAGUGAACAGAGAUCAAAGUAAGAACUCAUUUCCACUGGAAACUACUAUAAACUUAUUUUCCAAUAAAUUUCUUUUUCCAUAAGUAGCAUCAGUUUACGGAUGUAAUUGGAACGGAACAUUUAAAUGUGAUUUUCUCCCAUUUCACUGUUGUUUCACUCUUUUGUCUGGGUAAACUUGAGGGGUAAACAGUGCUGUUAAUCAAUUAGUAAAGUCACUGAGUUGUUGGUCAAUGAUCUCUGUUAAACUGUGACUAAAUAGAGUUAGUUCUGUCUUUAAAACAAAUUGGCUCCUGCCAUGUAAAUACAACUCUACUUUUCUCAAACGUUUUCUGUCUCAUUUACAGUAACCUGGGAAAGACAACAUGGGUCUUUGGAGUUCAUUUAUUUUUGUGAUCUGCCUCUGUCCAAUAAUAAUUGGUGUUCCAUCUUUGCCUCAGUGCCCUAAAAGUAAUCUGGCUAUCUCGGGAGGCAGCUUCACCCUCUCCAAGAUGUACAAUGAUCGUAGUAUUCUGAGGUACAUCUGCCCAGAGGGUUAUUAUCCACAUCCUGUGAAAAGACGUGACUGUAAAAGAGGCCGGUGGCAUCCUGCACCCACUACAGAACUACCAGUGUGCAAGAAUACCACAUGUCCUAACCCGAAUGGUCUGGAGAAUGGAGUGGUGUUUCCCAAUAAGACAUUUUACUAUGUGAAUGACACAACUACCUACAAGUGUCUUUCUAAUUACACAUUCAGGGGAUCUCCUACCCGUGUGUGUCAGAUGAAUGGGAAGUGGAGUGGUAGAAUGCCAGUUUGUGCUAUAAACACUGGUCACUGCCCAGACCCUGGCACUCCACCUGGAGCCAGCAGACAAGGUCACAUUUUCAACACUGAUGACAAAGUUACCUACAGCUGUGAUAACAAGUUGAAGCUACUGGGUUCCAGAGUGCGUGUGUGUCAGGAUGAUGGCUAUUGGUCAGGGAAAGAGCCGGAGUGCUAUGCUGAUUUCACAUACGACACUCCUGAAGAAGUAGGGAAGGCUUUUGGAAGUUCUCUGAUGACUACUUUAAACAUGCAUGAGCAACCAGCUCAGCCUGGGAAGAAAAUCAGAUUGUCCCAGCCAUCAAACCUAGAUAUCUACAUUGCCCUGGAUGCAUCCGACAGCAUAGAGGAAGAAGAUUUUAAUAAGACAAAGGAGGUCAUUAAGAAGCUUCUAGUACUGAUAAGCUAUUAUGAGGUCCUUCCAAAUUAUGAAAUCAUCACUUUUGCCACAAACGUGGCAAAAAUUGUUAGUAAUGGAUAUUCUAUACAAACCAUUUUCAAGUCACUGGAUCAUGCAGAAGGACAGAAAUCAGGAAGCAACAUUGGCAAAGUCUAUAAAACAAUAUUAGACUGCAUCCGUUUAAAGAAGACUAGAGACAAAAAAAACUUCAAGGAUAUCCAUCACGUCAUAAUCAUGUUUACUGAUGGUGUUUACAAUAUUGGAGGAAAUCCCAAAACCAUGGUGGAGCAGAUUAAGGAAAUUGUCUAUGAUGGAGAUGAAAGAAAUCGUGAAGAAUUACUUGAUAGCUAUGUGUUUGGUGUUGGUGUAAAUGUCCCACAAGAGGCUGUCAAUGACUGGGUCACAAAAAGAGCAUAUGAAAAAUAUCUGUACUUACUCCCGAACAUGAAGAAUGUGCCAGAGAUCUUGUAUGAAAUGACAGAUGAGACCACUAGUGUGCGUCUUUGUGGACUCUACAAAGACUCUGAUGAUGGGACUGAAUCAGCCAUGAGGAACAGAUAUCCCUGGCUUAUAAAGAUUGUUGUAACUCAUGAGGAUGGCACAACAUCAAACUGUUUAGGAUCACUUGUCACUCCCAUGUUUAUUCUAACUGCUGCUCACUGCUUCAGAACCGAUGAUAUUCCUGAAAAAAUUAAGGUUGAGGCCCCCUAUGCCAAAGAGACAAGAUUGGCAAAUGUAGAAAAUUACAUACUUCAUCCCAACUUCAAAUUUAGAGGGAAUACAGAGGGAAUAUCAAAAUAUUAUGACUAUGAUGUGGCUUUAAUUGAAAUGAAGUGGCAUGUAAAAAUCAGUCCUAAUCUCAGAACCAUCUGUAUUCCCUGUACCAAGGAGAUGAAUGCGGCUCUAAAGCUGUCCACAAGUGACACAACAUGUCAAGAGCACAAGGAAAUACUGAUGAACAAUAAUCUUAUAAAGGGUUAUUUAAUGUCAGCUAAAGGACAAGGUGAUUAUUUUACAAAGAGCAAAGUCCUAAUCAAGCAACAACAUCAGUUGAAUGGUUGCACUGAAGAUGUGAAAAAGGCUUUAAAAAUUACAGAUGAAGCAGGAAAAAACAUUACAGACAAUUUCCUGUGCACUGGUGGGAUGGAACAAAGUCAUGUUUCCUACAAAGGUGAUUCUGGUGGUGCUACAUUUGUGCAGCUAAAGUCUCGUAUGAUCCAGGUUGGAAUUGUCAGUUGGGGUUUGAAGGAUGUACAUGCAGCUGAUGCAGCGUCUGAAGAGACAGCCAGAGACUUCCACACAAACCUUUUUAGUCCAGAAGUGCAAGCUUUCCUUAAACAAUACCUGGGUGAUGAAAUAACAGGUGAACCUCUAACAUUUCUGGAAUGAUGGAAUGAUAUGUUGUAGUUUUUUUUUUUUUUUUUCACUGAAUGUUUUAAACAAUUGUGGACUGUAUACAAUAGAAUGUUAUGAAUGUUCAUUAGUAGGAUAUGGUCAUUCGUUUGGAUUUGAAGUCUUACAAUCCAAAUGAAUGUAAUUAAUAUGGAGAGUCUCAAUUAGUGCUGCUUAACUUCAAAACUCAAUAAGAGUCACAUAACUAAGAAUCCAUUUAAUGCUUAAAAUCACCAACGUUUCAUUAUAACUGAAAUAUAAUUUAGGCCUUUUAAUAUUCAGGAUUGCUUUGUUGUAAUGUAAAAUAUCACUGAAUAUUUUGAAUAGGAAAGACAAUUUUAGUUAAAAAAUAGUUAUAUUGGCCAUUUGUAUAAGAGAUUACCAAACAAACUGAUUUUAUUUAUUCAUUCACUAAUUGAUUUGUCAGUGACAGUGCCCUUUAAUAAACACUAUCAACUGUACUGUAAAUGAACUAGAAUUAGCCCAAAAGUUUCAUUUUCAUAUGUAGUCCCUGACCCACCCAGGGACUUUAAAAUACAUUAAAAUACAGUGUAAGACUAUUAUUAACAUCCAAAAUAUAUUAAAUCUAGUGAAGUAUAUAGACGCACAUAACAUAGAAUCAGAUAACAUACAGCUGUUACACGGUUAUGCAGGCAACACAGUAUGCCAGGAGUUGGAGCAAGUAACCUUUAUAGGUAUAGUAGCAAGCCACUCAAUUUUUAUUGCAGUAGUUUACUAUACAUUAUACAUUAGCAGUGUGUCUAUUAUAUAGGUAUGAUUAUCUUAUAAAUUGGCCAGUAGUGUAGCUACAUGGUAGAUACUAACAAACUAUCAAUUCAACACCUCUACUCUCUGUUCCUUCCAAGCAGUUCACACUAUUCAAUCAUUGUUUUGCAAGUGUUGAGCACUGCAUGUACUCCCUCCUGUGUAUUUAAACUGAAAAUAACAAUAAAUGGUUAAAAAGCAUCACAUGUCAUUCAUUA